GUACGUGCUACGGUAGGCUAUAUUGAACGGCCCUGCUGAAAUUGAACGAGUUCGCAACUUCGAAGAGCCGAUUCGGUACAGACGGAGCCUGAGAUGGCGCCAGCCGCGCCAGAUAAUGUGAGAGCUCAAAUACAAUUUCCAGGCACACCCCUACUGGGAUGGUACGAACGGCUGGAUAAUAGCUACCGUGUGAGAGAGAGAAGAGAGGCCCAUGAAUUCUUCAAGACCGGCCGCGUAUUUGCUAUGCUGUGGGCCGAGUCUGCAAGUGCGACUAUGAUACGCGGCGGUACUGAAAACACUGCUGUCACCAUAGGAAGGUUCCAAGAGGAAGUCUACUCCCAAAUUCGGCGUUUUGUUGUCGUGAAAGUCAACAGGCAACGCCAUUUCAUUUAUGCUUGUGCCAUCUCAACAUACGGCAAGCGGGGUACUCUGAAACGUGGCUGCAAUGCCAGUGAGCACACGGCCGUGUACCUUGAGGGCUCUAAUCCUUAUACGCUUCAGGGGGAGUGGGAGAGGGGCAUGACCAAGGAUCCUAUCAUGAUCACCCCUACCAACCCCCAGGAAUUCAUGGAACCCACUUCUAGGCUUCGAUGCGGCAGGAUCUACUCUAUCGAAUGGAACGUCAAAGUAAAGGAUAUCGGCAUGGUCGCUACUCACGACAGGACCAAGUUGCUGCAAUAUUUCAGUGAAGAGCAGGAGAAUGGCUUUGAUGUUGAUGAUCCUGAGUCCAGUCCGUAUCAAGGUUACUCUCACACCACGAUGCCAAAUUGUUACCAACAACAGAACAGUUAUCACAGACACGGACAAUAGGUUGACGGCACACGAUGCACAUACGUUGGUGAACCUCUCACUUCCGAAUACCCAGUUCAAAUUGUCACAGGACCACAGAUCCUACCUGUCCAUGACAGCAUACGUUUUCACUUGUUUCAUCAACUAAUCAAU